UGUUCGUCUGAUGUGUACAGACUAAUGGAAUCGGGUUUUCCGUAAAUUUCCGAAGCGUCGCGCUUGAGCGUUGCAGCUGCUUGAUGCUGUCUAGGUGCCCGGACAUCUUGCAAUGUUGCAUGAUUUGCAAAGCUCAACAAAAAUUUGAGAUAAUACCGGAUAUCCAACAUCGAUUAUGGAAACCAUAACGAUCAAAGUUACGAGUGGUCCAAACCGCUUGAAUAUGUUAUGGCCAGUGGACACAACUAUCGCUUCAGCGAAAGAGGACCUCAGCGCUCGUACUGGGAUCGCAGUUUCCGAACAAAAGCUCAUUCACCGUGGAAAAUACCUCAGCGAUCCCAGUGCUACCUUAGCAUCUUGUGGUGUUCGUGACAAUGAUAAACUAAUGGUGAUACGGGCAAAACCAGACUUCGAAAAUGAUCCCUCAUACCUGGAAGUGGUCGAUCUUCUGAACAAAUGUGCUCCGCUGUUCGCUCGACUGCGAGACCUGGAGGAGAGCAUAAAUAACUUUUCGAGUGGAUAUUUACCGGAAAAUCUGAAGACCGAAGCCUUGCCGAAGAUCAAAACGAAUCUCCGCGGAGUGAACGAGGGCUUCAUGAAAGUGUUGGAAAAGCUGGAUGCGUUGAGGUUUACCGAGGACCAGAAGGAAGCUAAACUGAAGCGGAAAGACGUGGUGGUUAGAAUUCAGACCGUGAUGGACAAAGUAGAUGGUCUUUUGAAGCAGGUCGACGAGGACAUUAGAUCGCUGAAAAAAUAGUAGCUUGUUCCUGUUGCUCACGUGAUGUCGCACUACAUAUGCCUUUUCUUCGUG